AUGACUGGAAAGAAGAAAAGAACCGUUUACAGGAAAACUAGGAAAAGAAAGGGGCAUGGAGGAGAUCGUAAAAAAGCGCAAUUACUGAAGAAAAGCGGUUGCAACAGGAAGAGUGAACCAAACGAACCGACCCCAGGAACUUCGCACGAUCAGUCUGAUCUGUCAGAUUUUGGCGAAGAAAGCGAUCAGCUUCCUAGUUCUUCAAGGAAGAAGAUGAGAUUCCAGAGCUCAGAAGAUGAGUCUUCUUCAAGUUCUGAUGAAAACAAAAAAGUUUUCGAGGUAGCUGAGGUAGAAAAAGGAUACAGGCUCGUUGAUCUAAAGAGCUUCUCUUCUGUGCUCUCAACUUUACACAAAUGCGAAGAAGGUGAGAAAAAUAUCACACAUCAUAAAUAUGCUUUUCAGCCCCUUGAACCUAAAGAAAAACGAUAGUUAGAAUUAUUUGCAGAAAAGGAGUUUUAUUAUUGUUUAAUCAUUUUUUCUGAUCUUUCUUCACUGCAACACUUGUACACAUUUAUGGAGGUGUGAACUAAUGCUCCAACAUUGUGGUUCUGUUUGGUUCAGUAACUAUAGCUAAUAGCAUCCUUUUCCGUCAUGUUUUUAAUAUAGGAGACCUUACUAUUGAAGAAAAUACCGCUAGCCGUUAUGGACUGAUGUCAGAUCUCUCCAUUCACUGCAAUUCUUGUGAUGAAAGUACUCCUUGGCAGACAUCACCCAACCUUGCCAAGAAAGGCAAAUCAUUUGAUGUCAACCGGAGAGCUGUCUACCACUCAAUAGAAACUGGAAGUGGCUACGACGGACUCUCUUCUUUCUGUGCGAUAAUGAACAUGCCUUGUUUGUCAAGAGCUGCUUACUACAAGCAAGUUGAUGUAAUUUUGGAAGCACUGGAAAGUGAGCAAAAAGAAGAACUAAAAGGUGCAGGCCAAAGGCUCCGAAAGCUAAUCAUGGAGGAAAAUGGCAUCUCAGACAGCACCACAAUAAUUGAUGCUGCUGUUAGCUUUGAUGGCACUUGGGCCAAAAAAGAGGUUUCACAUCACUAA